CAAGACUUCAAGCAUUAACAAACAUUUGAUGUUAUACCUAGAAUAACUUUUUUGCUUAACAAGCCGCAGUUUAGUCUACCAUACGACUUGAAGAUUUUUGUAAAAUGUCUAAGUUUUGGGCUAUGUUUAAAUUUUGCUGUCUUAUAACAGAAAGUUGUCUGUGAACUGUCAUACAUCAUCAGAUGGAGGAUGUAGACGGGGCAAUCUUUGAGGAAAACGAGGCCACCGAAAUCUUUCACACAAAAUACAAACCAAAGGAAAAGCUUGGAGCGGGGGUGUCAAGUGUAGUACGUAAAUGUGUUCACAAGGCAUCAGGUCAAGAAUAUGCGGUGAAAAUUGUGGAUAAACUUGAAUCAUGGGGAGCAAACAUCAGUGAGGUGACAAAAAAUGAAGCUGAACUUUUAAAACUUUUGUGUGGACAUAAAAACAUCAUAUCUUUGGUGGAUUUCUUUGAGUCGCCUACAUUUUUCUUUCUGAUUUUUGAACUUGCUGUUGGUGGCGAAUUGUUUGAUGAACUAACCAAAGCUGUCACAUUCUCUGAAAAACGAACUCGUAAUGUGAUGUAUGAAAUACUCACUGCUGUGAAGUACAUGCAUUCCAAGAACAUAGUUCACAGGGAUUUGAAGCCUGAAAAUAUUCUUUUGAAUGAUAAGAUGAGGAUAAAAUUGUCUGACUUUGGAUUUGCUAAGGUGUUAAAUGAUGGAGAGACUUUGACUGAUCUUUGUGGUACGCUUGGCUAUCUCUCUCCGGAAGUUCUUCGUGCUAGUAUGUACGACGAUCAUCCAGGAUAUGGCUUCAAAGUGGAUUUGUGGGCUUGUGGUGUGAUAAUGUAUACAUUGUUAUCUGGAUGUCCGCCAUUUUGGCAUCGUCGACAAGCUGUUUUGAUUCGUUCCAUUAUGGAAGGUCGUUAUCAAUUCACUGGUGCAGAAUGGUCUGAUAUAUCCGACUCAGCCAAAGAUCUGAUUUCAAAACUUCUCGUGUCAGAACCAGAAGGCAGAUAUUCGGCCGAAGAUUGUCUGAAGCAUCCUUGGUUGGAAGGUGUUCAAAUAUCGAGGCCUAUUGCUUUUGUUGGUCGAAUAAAAUUACGAGGAGCCUUAAUUGCUGUGCGAGCUUGUCUUGCCCUACGUCAGUCGAUAUUAGAAAAACAACUUAUCACCAUUCAAAUGGCAAAAAAUUCACCGUAUAAAGUUAAGGCUUUCAGGAAACACAUCGACAGUUGCGCGUUUAGAAUCUACGGCCAUUGGGUACAGCGGAAACGUGACGACAUUCAGAAUAGAGGGGCAUUGUUCGAAAACCGUCCGAAAACCGAAAUUAUUAACGGAAUGGAUGAUGAGCAUUUCAGGACUUCCAUAGAAUAUGACAUGGGUUUAGUGUAUAGUAGGUGAUCUUCAAAUGACGUGACGUAUCAAAAUUUAGAUGUUUGUUGUAUGGUAAUUUAUUUUUCUCCACCUCUGGUUUUCAUUUGCACACAAGUAAGGUAUGCUUUUGAAGUUUUUAUUGAAGAUUUUCAUCGUUAAUUUUGAGAGAAAUACCGAACUGUGAUGAACAAUCGUAUUUAUUGGACAAGAGUGGUUCAGUAUCUUGGUCUCAAUAGCCUGGGUAAAAUGUUACAUUUGGAAGACGAAAAAAGAUCAAAUUUUUGUUAUUUGUGAAACGAACAUACUGUUUGUACACAUUCGCACAUUAUAUUUCACUGAAAGCUCAAACAUUGGAAAUGAGUAUUAUAUGGUUAGAAUUAUUUUAUAACAACAACAAUACUUCAAAUUUUUGUUGUUUGUUAAACGAACAUACCGUUUGUACACAUUCGCACAUUAUAUUUCACUGAAAGCUCAAACAUUGGAAAUGAGUAUUAUAUGGUUAGAAUUAUUUUAUAACAACAACAAUGCUUCAAAUUUUUUGAGAUAUUUUAUUUCUCUAAAUGUUGUUUUGGCCACUCUCUUUCUCAUCUAUCGCUGUAAAUAAUAUCAAAAACAGUGUAUUUUUCACUUUUAAGAUAUUUGAAUGGGAAGUUUGCACAUAAAACCUA